AUGGCCAAGACCGGCUCUGUUUCCUCCGAUCCGCGUUCGAGGCUCAAGUGGGACAUAUUCCUCAGUUUCCAAAGAAACACGCGCCACAGUUUCACGGAGCGUCUCUAUGAAGCCCUCAUCAAGGAACAGGUCCGAGUAUGGAACGGUGAUGCGGAACGUGGGAGUCAUGAGGAGGCUAUGGAGGGUUCGGUGGUUUUCGUAGUAGUCUUAUCCCUUGACUACGCUAAAUCUCAUUGGUGCCUCGAAGAACUAGCCAAGCUCUGCGAUCUGGAAUCAUCGCUGGGUCAUCGGAUCUUACCGAUCUUUUAUGGAGUCGAUCCGUGGCAUUUUCGGAGACCGAGUCCUUUCGAAGAGGAUUUCGAAGAGCUUUCGAAAAGAUUUGGCGAGGAGGAGAUACAACGAUGGAGGAAAGCCAUGACUCUAGUCGGAAACAUCUCUGGUUUUGUUCUUAGGUAUGACUCUAAUGAUAUCUUCAUCUGCACGAAAUAA